CACUUCACUUCAUUAUACAUGUCGUUGUAAACAUGAGUUGAAAUCACUCGGAUACAACUGGACUGUUUGAGUGUUUUUCCGAACGAAGCGACGCUGCGACUUAUAUGCUAUGUUGACUAUUGUUGAAGAUCUUCCAGGAUAGCAACAAUAGCUGUUUUACUGAAGGUAUGGAAAGUCUCAGCUCAGUCGAUACUCGCAUAUAUUGAGCUUAGUAGUCAAGUGAGCUUGAGGUCAUGUUUAUAUAUAAUGCAAAGUCUUUGUGUAGCUAUUCCGUAAUUUAAGUUCCCUUUUUGUUGGAGGGCAAAUCUCUUGAAGUCCUUGUUGAUUAUGAAAUAACGAAAUGUCGUAUUUUCAGUUCGUCGUACAACGGUUUUCUACCAAGACAGCUUCCACGUCAUUUAACGUCAACUGUCUGUCCCUCGACAGAUCAUUCGACAAUUUAAUGGUGUUGCUGUAACAGUUUUCUGCAAAAUUUCCCACAUUUCCGUAGCUUGUUUUGUGUGUGUGUGUGUGUAUUCUUUUUUAUAUUUUAGCAGAGGUUAUGCAUCUGUCUAAACCGUUUUUUUCUGAUCCGCUAUAUAUCUUAAACAUUUGCCAAUCUACUUCCGGUUUCACUUUCAGUGGUCUCUUCCCCGAUCCCCGUCAGCGCUAUAUUUCGCACGUUUCAUCCCACGUUUCAUCCCAGUGACCUAUUUGUGAAGCGUUUUAUUCUUUUGUUGUUUUACUGACACAACCAGUCGGUUUUUUACAUUAAACUGGGAGUAAAUGUGUUUCAUUGUGAAUGUGAGCAGAAAAUGUUACUGGUAUCGAGAUUAAUGUUUUUGAAAUACGGAAAUAUUCUGGGGCGAACUGUUUCUCGAAAGUCCCAGUAACUUCUCAGGCGUGAAAUCAAAUAUUCAAGUCAAACUACACAGAUUAAAAGCGUGGGUCCUAGUGAACAAACCAGUCCAUUUUGUUUUGAUAACUGAUAGCUUGAAUUUAGUGUGUUAUCUGUAAAACUGUUGGAACCUUCAUCUCUAAUAUACGCAACAGCAGUUUUCAGACUUUUGAAUUGAUUAUUCAGCCCCUGGGCCAGGUAUUUCAAACAUGAUUUGGGCAAAUCUAGGAUGAGGUCAUUACCAUGGCAACUAAUGUGAUGUAUGUUACAUACAUGUACAUACAUGUCCACCUUGAUUUCAGGUUCAUUUUGAUUUAACCUACUUCAAUUUUCAAUUAUUUCCAUUGCCUCCUGACCCUAAGAAACAAAGGAAAUUAUUGAGAAUCAACCAAGAAUACAACAAAAUAUACCUGUCUGAAAUCAAAUGUGACCUGUGAUAUUAGUAUACUAUGUUUCUACCAGACCCUAGUCAAAUAAAAGAGUCAGUGUUGUUACUUAACCCAUUCACCCCCUGGGAAUUUUGCUGAAAAACAUGUUUUGAAGCUAUUCCAGUGAUUUUCUAGUCACUGUCUGGCUAUAAAGAGGUAAAACUUACCACAAAGUUAUUUACAGGUUGUACACUUUGCAGCCUUCUAAUCCAGAUGCAAAGUAUUCGCUUAAAUUUGGGCAUGUACAGGAAGCAAAAUUUCGAGAUGUGAAAAUGUGACGUGCACAGCAGUCUUGAAUUUUUCUUUUGAGUUUCUCUCCUGCCCUCUUCUUUCACUUUUUUUUUGUACCAUUUUUUUAUUUUGCUGGGCAUUUAGUGAGCUUCAUUUUGGUGGGGAAAGUUUAAAGCUUUUAGGAUUAGAAGAAAGGAAAGGUAAAUAAAUGGAACUAGGGUAGAUUUUAAUGGAAAUUUUAGGGUCAAUGUUAUAUGGUUUUUUGCCUUUUUCUCCAUCCUCCUUGACUGAAUUGUUCUCAUUGUGGUAUGGUUUGAAAGAUCCUUUCACCCUGCACAAGUUAGCGGACAAAGUUGUCCUUGACUGUCAAAACUGAUGACGUCACAAAUGGUAGAAGGGGCAUGGAUCCUCAUGGGCAUUUGUUAUGGGUGGUACAGAGGGGGAUGGGAUAAGGCACUGAUGCCAAACAUUCGUUGAAAAUCAAACAGUGAUGUGCUUCAACCAAUGAAAGAAAAUCUUGACCAACAUGCAAAUUUUGUGUGUUGAUCAAUGGGCACUAGUGACCACGUUCGUGCACACCCUCUGGUAUGCCAGGAAGUUAUAUUUACUUUAUUGUCCAUUGUGUUGCAAUGGCCUCACUGAAGUGGAAGUGAUAGAAAUUGGCUACAACAAGAAAGCUGGGGGCCUGGUUCAAGCCCCAGGAGGAACAUAUUUUUCCAUUUUGCUUUUCCCUCCACCUGUCUCAUUUUUCUCUCUUUUUAAUUAUUCCAGUACCUGUUUUAUUGUUGAAAUUUCUUGAAGCCUGAAACAAAAACUUCUCCAGUGGUUGAAAAACAAAUUGAGUAAGGUAUAAGUAGAGUACUGUUAAACAUUACAGGGCUGCCAUUACGAUUUGAAGCUGCUGGGUAUAUAAAUGCCUACAUGUAGGUCCAUGGGGUAUUGAGCAGCUGCAAGGAAGUUCUUUUAAGUUUUCUUUUCUUUUUUUUGUUCCUUCAAAAGCAGACGGGCCAAGCUUGUUGAGUUUUGGUGGCUGCAAAUUGACCUAAUUUUUGUUUUGUGUUUGUAUGGUCCUAAUGAACAUGCUUUGUCAAGCUUGAUCAGUAAUUUGUACACGGUGUGUCAAUAAAGUGUACCCCUUGGUCAAUAGUGUGUACCACAUUUAUAUGAAAUAAGGAGUGCUUUUAACUACUACUAACAACAACAACAACAAAUUUUAUUGAAAAUUAGAUAAUAUAACUAAUUACAUGAACAUGCUUUGUCAAGCUUAAUCAGUAAUGUGUCAAUGUUGGCCAAUAAAGCAUACCGCUUGGUCAAUAGUGCAUACCAUAUUCACAUAAAAUAAGGAAUGCCUUUAACUACUACUACUAACAACAACAACAACAACGUUUAUUGAAAACAAGAUAUAUAACUAAUUACAUUACUUUCCCAGGCCCGCAAAUAGCUUAUGAACUAAUCAAGGCAGGGUUGUUGCUGAAGACAUAUUACAAGUAUAAGUUUUAUCUUUAGAUUGACUAAAACAAUAGCCAUAAACACACCACAGUACAAUAAAUAACAAUUAUGAAGAGAGGCUAACCUAAUGUAUUAAAUAAUCUAAUAAGACGGGAGACUUUGACAUAAUCAUCCUUAGCCUGUGAGCAAGCUCUUCGGAGCGCUCUGGUGGUGACGCAGAAAAAAGAAGGAGAACUUGUGACUACGUCUCUGGAAUUUGAAUAUCUGCAUUGAAAAAGUCAAUGCAAAAUGCUGAUUGGUAGAGAUGACAUUAGUAAUGACGUCAUUACCCUUGGCACGUGUUUUUCAAUGUUUGUUUACAUCCGAGCUCAUUUCUGCUUUGUGAUAAUUAGUGGAAAUCUGACAGCUUAGUUGACGGGGAGCUACAUGGAAAUUGGAUGGAAUUCAAAUGACAGAGAUGUAGUUGCAAGCUGUCCUUCCUUUUCCCGCCCCGCGGCCAGAGCGCCCCGAAGAGCUUGCUCACAGGCUAAAUCAUCCUCUGACAGCAAGAAAUUUAGUAAAUAAUUCCUUUAUCUUUUUAUGAAGAGACAAACUACUAUAGACCUUAAAGGCUGAACGUGUGUGAAUUAUCUCUUUUAGACUGUGAAACUGGCAAGUCCUUAAGAGAAGAGUAUCAUGAACAAGGCCAAGAGUAUUCUUGUCACGUUAUACCGGGAAUAUCACUUAAAUGAUGAAGCUAGUAGGACAGAGAAAUCUGAACAAGAGUUCCAGCUUCUCAAACAAGGAAGAGAAUACUUGUGCUCCGAGUUUGUGAAACCAAAGGACAGAUUUCUCAUCCUCCAUAUACUAGAUUUUUAUAAAAGCAUUCUGCUAAAGAUUGCUAAAUGUGAUGACUUUGAAAAACGAGAGGGAAGUACUGCCUUAAGUAGUUUGAUGACUGGAUUUCACAGCUUAGAGAAGUAUGCAGUUAACUUGUGGAAGUUUCCUUGGCGUAAAGAGUACCACACUAUUAAGGUAGGUUUUUGUAUAGAAUAAAAUAUUAAUGUUAUGUGGUUACGUAAGAUGUAAAAUACAUUUUGGAUGAUAAGCUCCAUGCCUGCCACCUGAGAAAAUAAUGGUUAUCGUUAUAUAGCUGGAAAUUUUUUCCCAACAGUGUGUGCUCUCAUUGGUUACUUUGAGGUCACAUGACAUCUAAGAAUGAAACUGUUUCUCGCCAAAAUCUCUUAGCAGGCAAUAUUGCAAAAUCCAUGAUGUCAGAGGGUAAUUGUGCACUGUUACCUGCAAGUGUUUACCAAGACUGCUGUUACAGCGAGGUUUAAUGAAUUUCCAGCUUCAAAAUUUCCAGCUAUAUAACAAAUCACUUAAAAAAGACUGGUCCCUCAGGAAACAGUUAAUUUCCUUUUCCUCUAAUCUCACUGUUUUCCUCGGCUUCACCUCAGGAAACAUUGAGAUUCUCAGGAAACAAAAUUAACUGUCUGCCUCGGGACAAGUCAUUAAGUGUUAAAUUUAUCACUCUAUUUCAAUACCAUGGUCCCAUCAGGGGUACUUUUGGAAUCAACUCAUGCGUAAGUGAAUAACCCGUAAAACCCAUACCUCAUGCAUGCUUAAGUGAAUAAGAGUGACCAACAUUAAUUUUCUUCAAUACAUAUUGUUACAUCAUCAAGGGAAAAGAUUAUGGGAAGUAAUAAAACAGUCACCAAAGGGCAAAUGCUUAAAUCUUGUAUCAAAUUCUCUCAUUAUUCUUUUACAAGGAUCCAUAUUAGUAUUUUUCAAAGUCGUCAGUUGGGCAAGUAUGUCUAGAAAUAUAAUUGCCCUGUUAGAUUUUACUUGCCCAUUAUGGACUCAUUUAAGGAGGUUAUUAUUUUAAAUGCGGGGGUUCUUUAGGUUUGAAACUUCGCAGUGAGAAUUCCACUUGUCCUCAGAGAAUUUGAGGAUUUUUUAUGGAUCUUGAUCAGCUUGAAAUGCAGCACUCUACAAAUACGAGUUUGGAAGCUUCUUGACAAACUUUGCAGUUAAGGUCUUGGAUUUCAAGUUGAAAAAUCUCAAAAGUUAGUCAUCUUUUGGAUGCGUUUUUGUGUCAUCAUACUAAUCUGAACAAUGUUAUGGUCGACUCAGACGACCUGAUGAUCAAUAAUAUGGAUCCUUGCUUUUAGGAACGUACAGUAAAACCUUGAUUUAACCAAGGGGCAGCGGGGAAAUUUGUUUGUAAUAUUGUUGGUUUGUUAUAUCGAAAACCUCAAUUUAACUAGAUUUUUGGGAAAUCAAGCAAAAUGUUUGUUAUAUCGAGGAAUACUUAAUGAUUAAUCUCCAACGCCUAGCGUUUCCAGGUCUGACCAAUUUCUGUAAUAGACAUUUGUAUUCAAAGCUGUUGUCUUAGUUCAGAGUUGUACAUAGCUGUGGCACUAGAAACACAAGAACUGGCCAACAAAACUGCUUUAAAAAGAAGUGCACAUAGAUGUUAUCUUUGUUGGUCUCUUUUGCAUUCAUCUUUAGCUAUCUUUCGGUCACAUAACAACAUUUAUUUGUUAUAUGGAGGUAUAUUUUACAUUUGCGUUUCUGGAUUGUGUUCAUUGUAAUGAGGAUUUUGUUAAAUUGAGGUUUUGCUCCAUACAUUUUACUGUAAUUUUGGCCGGGCUGAAGAAAAUGGUUCGUUAUACCGAGGACUUCGUUCCGUAGAGGUUCGUUAAAUUGAGGUUCAUUAAAUCAAGGAUUCACUGUAUUGAGAUCAGUUUCGAGAAUUUGUAUGUGGAUGUUGGGGCUCAAAGGGAUAAGGCAGUUUUCAUUUGAUCGUUAAAGUAUUUUUUUUUCUUAAUUAAGUUGGAUUUCCUUAUGAUAUGAUCUGCUAAGUUAAGUACAAGUACUGCUAAGUAUGAUCUGCUAAGUAAAAACCCACUCCUGUUACACCCAAGAGUAUUUUCUCCAUCUUGAGCUGGUAUCAUGCAAUGAUAAUGCUUGGUGCUGAUUGGCUUACUGGUUGGAUUUGUCUGCAUGUUGUGAUAGGAAGUGAUAGGCUAGGUUAAAAUACUUAUAGUGCUCAAUUGAAACCAGCUCAAGACUUUUUCUAUAGUUCUGUGGUAUAUUAUGAUUCAAGUUGACUAAGAGAGUUUUGAUUACUGCGCCUAGGAUAGGUGCAAACAUCUAGCCAAAAAUAUCUUACAUCCAUGAGUCAAUUGUGGGAACUUAUCCUGAAUUUGGCUAGGUCCAUCAAAUAAAUUAGCAUGGUAAAAUUUUUCCAAAUUAAUUUAGGUAAAUACCAGGGGGAUAUUCCACACAUGUCCAAUACUCUCGACCAGAUUCCAGUGGACAAAACCUGGAGUCCGACGGAGUCUAGUCGAAAAAUGAAACCGGAAGUUCAGUAGAGUCCACUUGAGUUACCGGAAGUUUAGUCAUGACAUGAAACCGGAAGUGUAAACAAUACUUAGAGGAGGGUUGGAAAGUCGUCCGAUGGAGUCCAUCGGAUCCAUUGGAAACACAUCGAUUCCGAUGGAAUCUCAGGAAGUCUAGUCGUGCCAUGAGUCAAAACAAGCACACUGCACGUGUAACAUAACUCGUUCUUUAAGCCCUAAGUCGAGAAUGACAAGCCUAACAGGCAACAGAGCCCGUUCUUAAAGCCAUGAGUCGAAACAAGCACGGACGUCGGUACACAUAAGUCGUUCUUAAAGCGAUGAGUCAAAACAAGCACGCUACACAAAAAUAAUAACUCGUUCUUAAAGCAAUGAGCGGAAACGAGCAUGCUACGCGAAUGGCAUAACGCGUUCUUAAACCCACGUGUCGAAACAAGCACGGUACCCACCUAAGUGUCCAAUGCAUCCAAACACUUGGUAGGACUUUACACCACGAGACUUCCGGUUUUCCGAUGGAAAGCAAGAGGAUACGACUGGAUUCUGGUCGACAGUAUUGGACAACCCUCGGAUAUUUUGGUGGCCCGGGUCAACACAAAACUCUAAUGUCAAAAUUUUAGUUGUCAGUUGUUAUCCCCAUACAUCAGUUAAAAAGGAUUUGACAUCUCAGUAAUAGACCCUUCCUUCAAGUCAAUAACAAUUUGCAGAAAGGUUUUACUGAAACUCCCGUUGAGGACGUAGACCUUUCUAAAACGCAGCCGUACAAGUACUUUGUCUAUAUGGACCAAGGAAAUCCAAGCCAAGAGUGAAGAGUGAACUAUGCAAACAGCCAUAAACUGUGACACUUUCUGACUGCAAUCAUUUGGCUCACGUAAUAGUUCUUUGGCAAAUAAAAAAAAUUAUAUGUUACUGUACCGUUUUUGCUCUGUUUUACUUCGUAUUUGAGGGCAAUGUCCAAGUACAAGGUCCCGGGGGCUUAUAUUCGGAGGGGCGAUUAUACGGAGGGUUUUUUUUGCGUUACGAGUUUGGGCGGGGGGGGCUUAUCUUUGGAGGGGUUUAUUUUCGGAAUUUUACGGUACAGCAUCUCAAAGUCGCAAAAUUUUACAGACGUUUAUAAGGGGGGGGGGGGGCACAAACUUUCUCCCCACCAUGCAAGCGUCUGUAAAUUUUCGCAACUUUGCAUGGCCAUAUCUUCGCUUGCUUAAGACGCAUCACUUUCCAAUUUGGCAGCUUGACUAAUUUCAAGGUGCUCUUUCCAGUGGUGUUGAAAACAGCGUGGAAGGGUCUAUUCAGUGAUUCGUCAGCUUGGUAAAUAUGAUUGGCUUCCGAUAUGUAAAAGACUUGCACCUUACUGUGCCUCACCUAAUCUGAUGGACAGACGUGGGUUAUUAUAUAUUGGGACUGUAACCUUGACCAUUAACUAUACAUAAGAAAUUUUUCUUUCUCUUUUUCCGUUGUUAGCUGUACACCGCUUUCUUUAAGAAAAAUAUUCAGGAAAAACUGCAGGACACGGACGCUAUCCUUUCUAUCUUAAAAUCUCUUGGCUACGAAAAGACGCUGGAUGAAGACCAAGUUCAAGUGAAAGAAUCAGUCGAUGCAGACCGUGUUCUGUGGGUUUCUGUAGACCUCUUUCUAGUUCAACUUGAUUUACAGAUUAUCAAGGAAAUCAUGGAAAAUUUAACUGAUGACCAAUUCUCUCUGAGAGACGUUAUCAGGGCGCGGGCUAAAACAUGCAAUGUAAAGGAAGCUUGCCAGGCUCUCUCCGCUGCAGCGGCCAAGCGAGUAAAAAUUGAAAAGGCACAAGACAGCGAAACUUCUUCUAAGAGGCAGCUCAUGCCAACAAAGAUACACGUAACAGCUUAUGCUGUUUCAAGUGCCGAUUCACAAUCCAAGAAUUUUGAUCUGUCAGCUGCUACGGACAACACAGCAAUGGAUACUGACGAGACGACGUUGGCUGUAACUGAAGGAAUCAUGUCAGUUUCGUCUAGGCCUUCUCCCUCCAGUAUGCACCCGGCACCAUUUUCGGAUGUGACUGAUCGAGAUUUGUACGGUGCACACACUGAGGAAAACCAUCUUCGGACAAAACAAGAUCGUUUCGUUGCACCUCACAAUACAUCAGAGCGAAUUUGGCAUCUGUCUAAAUUUGAUACUAAACGUAGGGUGGAUACAGCGGAGUUAACCUCUCAGUCACUUCCCUACCUGGGUACCACAACAUCGCCAUUACCUUCGACCAGGAUCUCAACUGAUACUCAUAUAGCUUAUACCGACACAAGCACAAGGACUGGAGGACAAGUGCAAGGGUCUAAGUACAUUGGCCUGCGAGACAUAAGUGGUUCAGCCAGUCACCAGGUGGCAUCUAACGAAUCGUUUCAAUCUCAUCAACCAAAAGAGACUGCAUCUCAGCAUAAGAACUCGACUUCCGUGGAAGAUCGAAAACAAUUAUCCGCCACUGAGCGGAUGGAAGUGGAAACACACGAGUCAAGAGCAAAUCGCGUAGAGAAUUUUGGUUCUUAUUCGAAAAAAAUGGCUGAAGGAGUAUACGCCAGACCUGAAGCUCAGCCUGGUGUUUCUGAAUACGGCCACCGGUCUUCACGUUUAAACGAAGUUACUGGAGGAGCAUAUUCCACACCCAAAGCUCCGUCUGGUGAUUCUGAUUACAGUCGUGCACACUAUCUGUCUUCUCGGCCAAACGAAUUCACUGGAGGAGCAUAUACCGGAGCUGGAGCUCAGCCUGGUGUUUCUGAAUGCAGCCACCGGUCUUCUCGGUCAAACGAGUUCACUGGAGGAGCAUAUGCCGGAGGUGAAGGUCAGCCUGGUGUUUCUGAAUACGACCGUCGGUCUUCUCGAUCAAACGAAUUUACUGGAGGGGCAUAUGCCUUAUCCAAAGUUCACCCUGGUGUUUCUGAUUUAGACAAGAAUCUGCUCCAUCACUUGACUCUCGAGAACGGCACUUCUAAAAAAGCAACUGUACAAAGCAGCAGCACUAAGGCAGCUACUUCCAAUGGAGCUGGGACCACAAGAGUAGAAUAUGUACCUGGUAGAGACAAUGCAGUAGUGUCCCAAUCAAAUUGGUCGCCCCUGACAAAUGUUGGCACUGGGUUUGGCACCGGUACACGUCCAGUCGAUGGUCGUGGUUAUUCUUUGUACAAUAGGGAAGAAAACGGCUUACCCAAUGACGUCAGACAGAACACCCAUUUGUCCACAGGCAGCAGUGCCACCCGAUUACCUCAGGAUCGGGGAAAGUCAGAUGAAAAAUUUCGGGAGUUCAAAUCGAAAAGGGAUGAUUAUUCUGAAAGAUCUCGAAAGGAUCAUGUUCAUGAAGCUGAAGCUUUGUCGGUAAAGAAGGAUCGACAAUCUUCUUAUGGGGCAGGGAAGACAAGCAAUCGCAGUUCAGGGGAUACAGCUGCAAGAUGUAGCCAUUGUAUGCAGAAAGGGGAGCUCAUCUGCAAAAACUGCCUUUCGAUUAUCUGUAAAUCAUGCGAGGAAAUCUGGAAAACUGAUCUCUGUAGAGUAACCAAAAGUGAGCAUGUCUUUAAGGAAUUAAAAGAUGAAGGCGGAAGCAAGAAAACGGAAAAUUCAAGCGAUGCUGUUUACGAAGGACAGGAAUGGUCAUGUUCCCGAUGUACUUUCCUAAAUCAACAGGAGCAUAAAAGAUGUGUCAUGUGUGGUACAACUUGUGGCGUCGGCGAUGUGGAGCAAUCGAAACCUGGCAGUAAAGUGUGCGGGAAUUGCACUUUUCACAACGAAGAGGAUGCAAAAGUGUGUAAAGCGUGUUGCAAGACUUUGGACAAACCAGAAACAGUUGUGUAGGAAACUGUUAAACAGCUCAGAAAAGUGGUCACCGGAAUCAUUGAAUGUACGUGAAGUAUUUGUUUGGAGUGCUUUUUUAACAAGUACUAUACCGGUAAAGAAUGAAUUAAGCUGACGGUGUGGUGCAGUGCGGUCUGACUCAAGUGAACACAGGUUAUUUGUGACUUGUCUUCAUGACCGUUUUGGGACUUACUUUUAGUUUAACAUGGUUUACUGGUGAAGAAUAGACUUGAACUCACAAAACAGCUUUUUGUCUUUCUCUUGAUUUCUCGAUUAGACCUUCGCUUACAGCACUAGUUACGUGCCAAAAUAUGCUUGAUGCAGAGGAUACUAAAGUUAUACCUCCAUUUAGCGGCCACCAUCGGCGGGUAUUACUGAUAAACCGCCGUCACCUUCUACCUCGAAUUAUAUUUUCUUGUGUUUUUAAAAUAAAGCCAAACUAAGUGUUUCAAACGCUCGAUGACCGCAUAAUAAUGGUAACUAUAGGAGACAGCACUCGUUGGGACCAUACCCAAGGGUGGCCACGACCACCUGAUAGAGGAAGCCGCUUAGUAGCGGUUUAAUUUACAAUUCAUUUCUACAACUACUUAGGGGUUUUGAAAACUGGCCGCUUAAUACGGCUGCCAAGAACUCAAAUAAGUUGUCUUUUUGGGUAAAAUUAAGCGUUCAUAGGUGUCAACCAAGUUAAACAACCCCUCUUAUAACUAUGAUUAAACAUAAAAUACUUGGCAAUUGAAAAAAAUGAGGACACUUAAGUAAUAAGCUUAGAUCUAAGGACACACUGCCACCAUGGCGGCAGUCUCUUAUGUUUCCUCUAAGUAAGUGGGUGGUGCUCUUAUUGC